GUCUUAUGCACGCAUGCGCAAAACCCACUUAUGCGCGUAACGUUGCGCAUUCAAUUUUCGACGUUUUAACAUUUAAGGUUACAUUUCCUUUGUUGUUUGCGAGUUUGGGUUUUCUGGAAUAUAUAAAAAACAGAUAGCAAAUAAACAAAUUCUACCCCCUCGAUUAACAACUGAGUUAUAUAGCUUGCUUUCUGGUGAAAACGUUUGAAGAGAUGUCAGAAACAGAUAGAGCAUCUUGCUUGGAAACCAGUUUUGUCUCCAUGCGACCAGCAGUGGAGUUUCUGGAUGUACUCGACCAAUAUCCAUAUAGUGAAGACCUGACAUUCACAUUUGCUUUUAACGAUUACACUCCACAAGAAGGAGAUAGGGUAGCAAUUUAUAAAGUUGGCUGGAGCUUUGUCAAGGACUAUAUUGUUUUCGAAUGGGUUUCCGCAGAAACCAAGAGUGCCAAGUAUUCUGUGGUUUUCAACAAACAUAUCCUGCCAAAGAACAACGUCGAAAUAUACCAAAUUUGCUACAUAACAGCAGAGAAUGAAAUCCAAGGAGCAAGUUCUUCUUUCCAGUUCAUCAGUGAAAAGCCGAAAGCUGCUCAGCAACCACAUACCACAACAGUUCCUAACAACUGCGCUCCACAAUUCAACUUGCAGACAAAUCGUGACGAUGAAAUCAAGCAGCUCAAGGAGGAGAAUUCCAUGUUGAAAGGAUCAUUGAAAUUGAUUAUUGCCGGACAGAAUGCGCAAAAAACCGUUGCCGAGGAAAUGAGGGAGUUAAAGAAAACUGUUGGUGAUCUGAAGAUUGUCAUCGACGUGCACCAGGCUGAAAUAGAUACAUUGAAGUCAUACAUCAGAGAAGGCGUGGAGGACUAUAAGAAACUGAAGCUGGAAACAGUCAAACUAGAAAAGAAGCUAGAUAAAUUGAAGAUCAGGAAAGGAGAUGGCAAAGAUGACAUUGAUAUUGAUGCUUUGAAGUCUAUUCCCCCAUUUCCUUUCAUAUACAAAACAUAUGAUUUCACGUUUCCACGUGUAUCUAAGUAAAAAAUCCAGCUUUAAGAUUGUUUGUGAAAAACGUAUCAAAAUUACCGUUCUAAUUUAUUUGAAAUCCUUCCCGUUUCAUGUGCUUUGUAUAUCCUGCAAUCUUUAGGCUCAAAAACGCGAAAAUUUAUUACACAUUCAAAACUAGGCUGGAGCAGGACUGUAUAGUGUAUAUUAGCUAGAGAGUCUUUAAUAAAUGAUACGAAACCAAAUUAUUGGUAUCAUGAUAUAUUUGAUGUAGCAUUGGGUUAAUCCUUUUGAUGUAAUGUAAAAUGAAAUAACUUUCUAUUCUUUACGACCAACCCUGUAAUUAUUCGAAUAAAGAUGAUAUAUUACAAAGGUUCCUUUAAUAAUUGGCCUUUUUUGAACAGCG